GCAAGACGAGGAACUUUCCAUCGCAAUAGAUGCAACAAAACAGUGGAUAUUUAUGAGCAAGUUUCUUCUCCGCCAGUCAAGGACAGGGUCUUGGGCCAGCCAAUAACUUGCACAUAUCACUUGAACCCUUUCCCAAAGAAAAACUCAGAGUGGGCCAUAACACUGAGGUUUGAAAAAUUCAAGGUUGGAAGUUUGGUCAAUGGAACAGUCUGCUCUGGGGGAUACCUUCAGAUACUGGAUGGAAGGAACUUGACAACUGCAGUUGCCAGAGGACCUCACAGUGGAGUAGGUGGAGCAGGAGGUUACUUCUGUGGAGAAAUUGAAACUUCAAAGGAGUACACAUCUGAAAGUGAUGAGCUCUACAUAAUCUUCCAUGCAGACAAUUAUGAUGAACAGUCCUAUUUCCUCUUUGAAUCCAGGGCUGAGAAGCAGAAAGAAAUCUACAUCAGAUUAAGAGGUUGGGAAUUGAUGUUGCAACUGAGUGUUAGUGACAUCUGUCAUCAAAAAUGGAGCGGAGAUACCAACAUGACAACUAGCAUAGAUUUCAUGGUGGACGGAAUGAGGUGUGAGGACAUUAUGAUCUGUCCUCCAAAACCAUUCACUGCCAAUGACUGCAACCAUGAUUACAUCAGAGUGUUUGAUGGGGAUUCCCCUUCAGCACCUGUCAUUGGUACUUUUUGCGGAAUGGACAGAGUGCCAUUUUCGAUUGUUGGGUCAACAAACAGGAUGCUUGUCGAAUUCAAAACCGGAGCCAAUGCAUCUCUGCUCAACACUGGCUUCAAUUUUGAAGUUGCUCCUUUAAUCGGAUCACCGUUGAUUGGAUCAUGGGAGAUGCCUGGACGAAAAGCUGGCUUAUGUAAUUGGGUUUUCACAUCAGAGGAUUUGGAGAAAUCUGGAGAUUCUGAAGGAGUUUUCAUGUCUCUAACACACUGGCAUAAACCAGGCACAAGGUGCACUUAUAAAAUCACUGGAAGGGAGGAUGAAGUUGUGAGGAUGUACUUUCUGAGCAAAGUUUUGGAGGAGUCCAGAAUGGGCAAUGGGGAAUUUGGUUCUCCCAUCAAUACUUUGGUGUAUACUCAUGGACCUGAUGAUGACAGCUCAUUGAUCACUUGCACACUCAAUUUCCAGUUGGAUAUUGGCCUGCGCAAAAGAAUUGAGCUUCAGAUUGACCAACUGGCCUUUGGCAAGUCUGACCUUCCAUGUCCAGCAAGUGCCUCUGCUUGCUUGUCAGCCCCCAGGGACAAGAUCUACAUCAAUGAUGAUGCCAAUGAGAAAAUCCUUUCCUGCUUGUGUGAAGAACACACCACAGCAAAACCCCCAAUCUUCAUUUACUCAUCCGGCAGAAAACUGGAGCUGGUUUUCACAGUGAAUGAAAAGCACGCGAGGGCAAAUUAUUUCCGACUCAAUACCCCAGUGUUCCACGGCAAGUUUUCUUUUGUUCACGACUCCAAAUGUGGACCUGAAACGUAUCCACCAACUCCAGAAGGAAGAUUAAUCUUCCCCCAGUUUGCGGAUCCCCAGGAUAUCAAAAUAAUGGCCAACAGGUCUAAGAAAAUUCGACUUACAGAGGUUGGAGGGGAAAAGCCUUUGACC